CAUGCUAUCAAGUGGAGAAUUGUUUGUUGUCAUUGAUUUUUGCGACUUUGUUGAAUUUUAUUAUUAUUCUAUAUUAAUUAACAACUUACAAUAAACUUAAGAAGCAAGAUUUGGUAUAAUUAUAAAAAUGUCUAGCAUAAACUAUACAACGCGUACUGAAGGGCAAACCAAAAUAAAUACAAUAAUAUGGACGGUUCCAAAUUUCACUAAUCUUCUGGAAAAUAAAUCGACUAGAGAGUUUCGUACUGAAAAAUCAAAAGACGCCAACAUAGACCUAACUGAUUCUCGGUUCCAAUUGAAAAUGCAGUUUUUAGGGCGAGAUAACGAUAUAAUAGAAAUAUAUUACUUAUCACCGAUGCCUGUUUUCCUGAAAUCUAUACUGACAAUAUGUUUGAAGCGUUUCGAAGAACGUUCAAUCGUUAUAAAAGAAUACCAUACAGUGCAAGCGAACAAAUGGCAGUAUUUGGCCACUUUGUUCAAGCGGGACAUAGCUAGCUACGACGGGCGCGACAUAUUUCUACUUAGCGAUGGUAGCUUGCGCCUAAAGUUCCAGUUUAUGGUCACGAACGAUAUUAAAGUCGACAGAACUAAUGUACCAGAAGCGCAAUUGAGUAAUGACUUUGAGAACCUCUUGAAUAAUGGUCUGUUUUCAGAUGUCACAAUGAAAUGUGCAGAGGGUGUGGAGUAUAAGGUCCACAAGGCAGUACUAGCAAGCAGAAGUGCCGUGUUGAAGGCACACUUUGAGCACAACACUACAGAAUGUAUAACAAAUGUGGUGGAGUCCCCCCUCGAGUCUGAUGUGCUGAGGGAAGUUUUGAUGUUUAUAUAUAGUGACAAAGCCCCAAGGGUAGAUGAAAUACCUGAGAAGCUUCUGGCAGCCGCAGAUUACUAUCAACUGAGCCGACUGAAGAGCCUGUGUGAGGAAGCUUUACAUAAGAAAUUGACAGUGGACAAUGCCAUAGAGACACUUCAACUGGCUGACUUGCACUCUGCUAAAGCUCUCAAACAGUCAACAUUGGAAUUUAUAAAGGAUGGUCAAGCAAAACUUAUAACAAAGACUGAAGGCUGGGCAAAGGUACAAUCUGUGGAAUUGAUCAAGAGAAUUUAUGAAUACAUAAUGGCAGAUGAAAUAGAUGCCGAUUUAAAAUAGGUGGCUCUUAGUUGUAGAUCUAUUGCAAAAUACUAUCAAUAGUGGUACUAUUUUGGUGCUACUUUACAAUAACUUUCAACCAAAUCUAGUCUAAACAGGUUACUGAUAUGUCUAUUCUUAUAUUAUUUUAAAGAGUAGUUAGUUUUUAUUUUAUUUUAUUACUUUUUGACUAUAAAUGUACUUAGUAAUGUAAUAUUUUAAUUAAAAGUGGACUGACCUCAUAACAGGGGCUUCUUAAAAUCUAAAAUCUGUUAUUAGAUGAAGUUAUAAAUUAAUGUAAAAAAUAUUAUAAGGUGUAUGAUGUAACAUAUAUCUUUGCCCUUAUGAAUCAGGAUAACAAUAAAGAAAAAGAAGCUAUUUAAAUAUGAAUGAGUUCAAUUUUUAUGUUUUAUUCUAUGUAUAUAAAAGUUAUUAAUUGUUUAAAUUUAUUUAUAAUCAAUGUGUUACAAAUGAAUGCACAGUUAUCAAUAGAGCUGUGGGAAUUGUGAAGCCUAGGAAAUAGAAUUAAUAUAAUUAAUAAAAAGUCUAGGAAUAGAAAAAUAGGGAUCUGUAAACAGAAAUAAUAAAAGGUUGAUAUUGAAUAACAA